AUGCAAUCCAAAGUUAAUCAAUUGCAGACAAGUCAAGAUGAUAAAACUCGUAUGAAAGAAAAUAUUGAAACAAAUCGAAAAGAAAUUGAUCGUGCUGAAAAGGAAUUUACUAUGAAACAACGAGAAGAACAUCCAGUGACAAAUCAAAUAAAAAAUAUUGAAGCAGAAUUAUUGAUGGUAGAAAAAUCAAUCUUUAAUCUUCAAUCGGAUCUUCGCGAAGAGAAGAAUCAAUAUGGAAAAAUAAACAAAGACAAAUUAGCAUUAGAAAAAGAAUACAAAAAAACCCAGAAUAUAUUGAAGGCUUUGAAAGGAGAUAUUCAAACACAGGAAAAUCUUCGAAAAACAUUAGAUCAGAAUUUACAAACAAAACAUCAACAAUUAAUCAAUCAGGGUGGUUCCAUGGUACUUGUGACACGUUCACACUGA